UGUGAGCACUGUCAAUGGAAAUAUCGCGGUAGUACUCCAUUCCACUCACUACGUAAUGUGCCGUGCUGCUUCUGGCGGCGCUGGUGACAGUGCUGAAAGCUGUUGGGUAUGAAGUGAAACAGAACAGAAUUUUUGUACCAUCCGCAACUGCUUCUUCAAGUUCAGAUCACAACAACGAAACAAAUCAGAGAAACAUCCCAAAACAAGCGAAGUUGCAACUUUGAAUAAAGACAAAAGGAAAAAUCACUUCUAGGGAAAAAAAACACUGAAGCAACCAACGAAACAACCGAAGACGAGACACGGCUACCCAAUUGAAACGCGCGCAAGAGAAGCAAUCCAAUGCCAACGUUGUAAAACUGAGAAGAUAAUAUCUGAUCUGAAACCAGAAGUUUGUGCCUACUCAACAGCUUUGACAAAGCACACGUCCCAACGCUGUUUCCAGCCCUCUUCAUCCUCACUGCACCACCGACUCACCCCGGGGUGCGGAGAGGGCUGCUAUCUGCUAGUUUUCCCCCCCCUUCAGUUCCCCAACUGUCUCCCCAUCUCUCUACUCUCCCCUUUCGCUCUGCUCAUUUUGUUGCAGUGUUUUUGCACCUGCAUUUUGCCUUUUUGUUCUAGUUUUUUUUCUCUCCUCACUGUUUAUUUUUUGUUGUUGCUUUAUGCAACUCCAUUAUACAUCUGUAGUACUUGUGCCAGAAACGUGUAACACAUAGCUGUGUGAAGAGACGACGUGCCACAUCAGCAUUAUCAUCACGUCCCUGACAACUGCAAGUUUCAAGACAUAAAAUCAAGUGCCCCCCAGUCCAAACUCCAAUGUCUAAAAUGGAGAGAGGCCACUCGGAACCUCCGCAGGGGCGCAACACUGCCCCUGCCCCCUCCACCUCCGCCAUGCCCAUACCUCGCUGCUCCUCCCUGUCCAGCCGCCCAAACCCAGCCGGUAAAAAACACAAACGGACCCCCUUGUAUCAGAGAUCAAUGAGUUUUGACCCGGGCAUGCUCCAUAGCAACGGGCAUACUGCGUAUGCCAACGGUACGAGCGCAGGCAUCAGGGAGACAGGGGUGGUGGAGAAGCUGCUUACUUCCUACGGCUUUAUCCAGUGCUCUGAACGCCAGGCUCGCCUGUUCUUCCACUGCUCCCAGUACAACGGGAACCUGUUGGAGCUCAAGAUAGGAGAUGAUGUGGAGUUUGAGGUGUCCUCUGACAGGCGCACUGGUAAACCAAUAGCAGUGAAGCUGCUUAAGAUCAAACCAGAAGUGCUGUCAGAAGAACGUAUCUCGGGCCAGGUGGGGCGAGAAUCGCACGCCUCUCCCUUUACUGUGCUGCAUGGUUAUAUUCAUCCAGUUGUUUCUGCGAUUCCCACUCACCUGGAUGGCAAGUCCGCUCCAGGACAGGUGCCUACCGGCAGCGUCUGCUACGAGAGAAAUGGGUAUGGAUUCCACCCUUGGCAGGAGGUGUUUUACCUGACCUACACCCCAGAAGAUGUUGAGGGAAACAUCCACCUGGACACUGGAGACACAGUCAGCUUCCACAUGGAAACUAACAAACACGACUCUGUUUGUUUCAGCACCGGUGCGGUCAGCGCUCACAACAUCCACCUGGUAAAGAAGAAACAGAUGAGCUGCCAGGGGGUGGUGUGUGCCACCAAGGAGGCGUUUGGAUUCAUCGAGAGGGCGGACGUGGUCAAGGAGAUCUUCUUCCACUAUAGCGAGUUCAAGGGUGACCUGGAGGCAUUGCAGGCUGGGGAUGAUGUGGAGUUCACCAUCAAAGAGAGAAAUGGGAAGGAGGUUGCCACGGAGGUAAGGCUUCUGCCACAAGGGACUGUCAUCUUUGAGGACAUCAGCAUUGAACAGUUUGAAGGGACAGUCACCAAGGUCAUCCCCAAAGUCCCAAACAAGAACCAGAACGAUCCUUUACCGGGCCGCAUAUCUGCCAGGAUCAGUUUUCAAGACAAAGAGCUUCUGUUUGGGGAGAAAGACACCAAGUCUAAGGUAACCCUGCUGGAGGGAGACCACGUGCAGUUCAACAUCUCCACCGACCGUCGCGACAAGUUGGAACGGGCCACCAACAUCGACAUCCUGUACGAUACCUUCAACUUCACCAAGGAGACCCGUGAAAUGGGUGUGAUCGCUGCGAUGCGUGACGGUUUUGGCUUUAUCAAGUGUGUAGACCGGGAUGCCAGAAUGUUCUUCCACUUCAGUGAGGUUCUGGAAGAGAGCCAACUGCACAUCUCUGAUGAAGUCGAGUUCACCGUUGUGCCGGACAUGCUGUCUGCUCAGAGGAACCACGCAGUGCGCAUCAAGAAGCUGCCCAAGGGCACAGUCUCCUUCCACACUCAGUCUGAGCAGCGCUUCGCGGGUGUGGUGGAGAAAGAGGCCGUGGCAGCCGUCACCAACAAGACUGGCAGUCCCAGCAAGAUCAAGGAGAAGAAAAAAGACAAGGGUAAAGUUGUAGAGAAGGAAGCCGAGGAGGGCGUGAUUGGUUAUGAGGACUGUGGAGUGAAGCUGACUGUGUCCUAUCACGUCAAGGACCUGGAGGGGGCCAGCCAACCACAGGCUGGAGAUAAGGUGGAGUUCUCCAUCAACGAGGUGAAGAGAACGGGCCAGCAGAGUGCGGUCUCCAUCAAGAUUCUCAACCGUUCAGCCAACACCAAGAGGCUUCUAGGAUUUGUUGCCACUCUGAAAGAUAACUUUGGCUUCAUCGAGACCGCAAAUCAUGAUCAAGAGAUCUUCUUUCACUAUAGUGAGAUGUGUGGAGACUUAGACAGCCUGGAGCUGGGGGACACUGUGGAAUACACCUUGUCAAAGGGCAAAGGAAACAAAGUCAGUGCAGAGAAGGUUACCAAGGUGGCCGCAGUUAAUGGUGUGGGGGAAGAUGUUGGUGCAACAGUGAUGCUGGGUAAGGUGGUUCGUCCUCUCCGCAGUGUGGACCCCUCCCAAACAGAGUACCAGGGACUUAUUGAGGUUACUGAAGAAGGUGGCACUAAGGGCCAGAAUUAUCCCUUUGGCAUCGUCGGCAUGGCAAACAAGGCCGAUUGUCUGCAGAAAGGAGAGAUGGUGAAGUUCCAGUUAUGCACCGUGACCCCCACGGGGCAGAAGAUGGCCUGCAGCGUGAUCCCCCAGCGUAGAGCCUUGGUGGAGUGCGUCAAGGACCAGUUUGGUUUUAUCACAUAUGAGGUGGGUGAGAGUAAGAAGCUGUUCUUCCACGUGAAAGAGGUGCAGGACGGCCUAGAACUCCAGACGGGGGACGAGGUGGAGUUCUCAGUCAUCCUCAACCAGCGCACGGGGAAGUGUAGUGCCUGCAACGUACGCCGAGUCAGUGAGGGGCCUAAACAGGUGGCGACGCCUCGUCCGGACAGGCUGGUGAACCGGCUGAAGAGCAUCACCCUGGACGAUGCCAGCGCUCCUCGUCUAGUCAUCGUGAGACAGCCCCGCGGCCCCGACAACUCCAAGGGCUUUAAUGUGGAGAGGAAGACGAGGCAACCUGGAGUGAUUGACUGAGCAAGCCAGCCCCCCGCCUGCUGAAGGUUGCCAUGAUUUAUUAACGUAAUCCCAUAAUGGACGACAUCAUGGGAAAGGAAUUUUUGCUAUCAUAUGCUCGUACUCUGACACAGGCCCAUAUUUGCAUACAGACCUAGACACACUGACACACACACACACACAUACAAAUAGGCAUGUGUAACCCCUAUCCCUGUCCCCAUCACCUGCAAGGAACAUUCUCAUUCCAUUAGUUCCAUGCUGCCCGUGUAUGAUGUAUUUGAUGCAGAGCUCCUUACUGCAAGUAUACAUGGGGAUAACUCUUCUGAGUGUGUGUGUGUGUGUGUGAUUGUUGUGCACAAGGUGUUUUAGCAACGGUAGAGGUUAUGGUGCAUCAAAGAGGGGUUUGCUUUUGAGGAGCCCCGACUCUCAAUAUCAGAGGUGACUUAUUUUAUUAUUAUUUUUGUCCCAAUCUUUUUUCUUUUUUUCUUAUUUUUGAUUUUUUUAUGUCUGGAAUUCUGCACCUGAAACCUGUCAUCUAUUUGUGUGUGUGCGUGUACGAGUGUCGGCAUGUACUGGAGUCCAUCUGCUUUGUUUUGUCUCUCUCUCUCUCUCUUCCUUUGUGGAAACGACAUAAAACGUAUUUGUUAGUGGUUUCCUCCACUGUAUGCUUUCCUUCAAAUCACAUAAAGCAAAGCAAAAGUUCCCUCCAUAAGGAGGAUCCUAUUUCUCAUGUGCGGGCUUAAACAGGCUAUUUCUCUGCUCGGUUUUUUGAGCAGUUUUAAAAUGCUUUAUUCAAGAGCUGAGCGUGAAAGCAUGGCGUUGCGUGUUGUGCAGUAUGUGAAUGUUAAGUGAUUAUUUUGAUUGGGAUUUAUUUUCUCAAAUAUUGGAGCCUUUAGAUACCUUUUUGGUAUUCACAUGCUCCUAUUAAGCAAUUUCCCCAGGUGCAGAAUUUCUAAUGUCAUCUUACAUCCUGCGGUUCUUUUAUACAUAUUUUUUUUUCUCUUGCACAUCUGCUUUUGUUCUGUUGAAACUCGGAAUUCUGCUAAUGACUGAUAACUGAAAUAAAAAAUAAGGUGCCUAAAAAUGACAGACAAAAAAAAUUAGAUGUAUCCUCUGUCCCCUGCCAACCGCCAAAAUAUAAAGAACAAUCUUAGGGUGGCUUUGUUUUUCUAGUAGAAAUAAUACUGGUCUGCAUCCCAAAUACCUGUGGGUUGAAAUAUACUGUAUGUAAUGUGUGCUUUUUUUUUUCUUUUCUUAGUGGAAGAUUCAAACAUCAAGAUAUAACAAUAAAAACCAAUUUAACUUAAAGUGGGGGGGAAGAGUAACAAAGUAUUAGAAAUAAUUAAGGUAAAAGGAUCAGGAUAUCUAUUAUUGUACGCUGGAGACGGGUGGAUGAACUGUUGUGCCUCUAUGCACUCAUGGAGUUGGUCUGAAUAAAUUUCAACUCUGGAGAGAUAACUGGGUUUCUGAUGAACUGCUUACAGGGGCUCUCCCAUGUACUUUUGUUAAUGGUCUUGAAUGAAACAAUUGAAUUAAAGUUUUAUGAAAAUCAUAA